GGGCGUCAAUCCUGUGCUUCGUGCUGGUCAUUCGUCUUCCGUGUUUCUCCCAACUUUUUAUUACACGAACAGAAGAAGAACAGAGAACCCUAGAUUGUUCUUUUGCCUUCGUCCUGUUUUACUUCUCUCUCUCUCUCUCCACGAAAACGAACAAGAAUCUCCUUGACAAAAGAGGCAUCUUUAUCGAUUAUCAAUCGAUUAAUUAAUCGGCUUCCAUGGCUGGGAAACUACUUGCCAAUUUGAUUGUGAUGGGUGGUGGGAUAUUGGGUCGUGCGUUCUUUCAAGCAUACCGUCAGGCGCUUGCAAAUGCGUCUAAAACCGGUGCUGCGCAAGAAGCAAUGCAAAAUGCAGUACGUAAAGCAGGAAAAGCCAUUAAUGAGCAAGAGGCUAGGCAGAUUCUUGGUGUAACCGAGCACACCUCUUGGGAAGAGAUAUUACAGAAAUAUGACAAACUGUUUGAGAAUAACGCGAAAGCUGGGAGCUUUUACCUUCAAUCUAAAGUUCUUCGAGCCAAAGAAUGUCUUGAAGUUGUGUACAAGAGCAAAGCCAACGGUACUCCUAGUUAAGACUUGAAAUCUUUUUUUAAUACAGAUUCAAAAUUCUUGCUCUUUAUGUAAAAUCGAAGACGAUAUCACAGUUCUUUGAGAUGAUGUGGAUCUUUAAACAUGGCCAUAGUUUUCUUCACCUACUCAUGAGUUAUAACGAAGGCGCUUGAAUGGAUUGUUCUAUGCGUGUUUGUUGUAUCUUUCACUCUUAAGGAAAGACUUUCUAGGGGAGAUUGUCGUUUUUGUUUUUGAUUCAUCAGACUGAAAAUUGAUAAACUACAGUUUGUUAUGUAUUUAUUAGUUGGCUUAUGUAUAAUAAAGGAUGCUUGAGAAAGCUAAAUUUCAGAUUA